UGGAAAUUCGACCUUUGGUUGGCAUUUAAUGGCCUGCUGUCUGCAACGUAAACCACACCACCAAGUUGGAAAGAUCGUAGAAAAUUCAACAGAAAAAGGUCCAUGUGCUUCAGAAAUGUUAAAAGAGAAGUUCGUCCAUCGUCCCAUUGUUUAUCUGGACAGUGUCAAGGAAUGGAAUGUCAAUGUAAGCCUGUAUGUGAUAGGGCUCAGUGCUUGGCAUUUCGUGAAGCCAAGAUCUCAUUGUAGGCACUGCCAGACCACACCUUGUCCAUGUUCCAUUGUGUACGAACUUGGUUUUGCAUGUGAUGGAGGGCUUUCUGCAUGAUAGGAUGGGAAGUGCCUUUGAAAAGACAAACAAAUUAUUGUUAAGAAUCCCAAACAGAUGUGACAAACCUUUUCAGUCUUUAGUGAUGGAUGUUUUUGAUCUGUUUGUUUACAAAACAUUUUGCACCCCACACAGCGGUAUGGGUGACUUUGGAUCUUGGAAUGUAAUAGGAAAUGUAUCAUCCUCUCUAGUGGUGUUUGGUGUUGAAUCUGAUGAGGCUGCGGCCACAUACUUUGCCGGCCUCGAUGGUUAUGGAGAUGAUUCAAGUCAACAGUUCACAUCAAACUCUAUUUUUCAACCAAAUGAUACAGAGGUGGAGACUGAGCCUGCUGAGUUGGUGAGAGGCAGACCAGGAGGCCACAAAGUCGUUGAAACAGCAGCAUCACAACUGAGUGUCUGCAAUGUGGUGGAUGAACUUUCUAUGCAAGAAGAUGGAAGAAAUGGAACAUGAAUCAGAACCUGCUCCAGAAGUAA